UCCUCUGACUAAUAAGAGUAGCCUCAUAUAGAGCCGGUCUGCCUGUCAGAGAGACUGAGUGAAGUCGUUCACAUGGGAAAAGACACCGGGGCUGAAACUCUAACUCACUGACAUUCGACAGUGGAUGCCUGUGCCUCUGCCUGUUUUGACACCUGUCAACCGUUCCAAAACACAAGCUGUUACCGUGGAGACGCCUACGAGCCAGAAUAAGGAGGCAAGACGGAUUCCCCAUUCUGACAGUCCCGAGAGGAGAGGAGGAGAGGAAACACGUACGAGCCCCAGACACUGAAUCAGCACUGUGGCAUCCAGCGGGCCCGGCAUGGACCACCAGAAGCACACCAAAGUGGAGCGUUUCCUCAAGCUGGGAUACUCUCGCAGUGACAUCCUGCGGGUGCUGGACAGUCUCCGGCACGACGCCCAGACCAACGACAUUCUGGAGGAGCUGAUAAAAACAUGCCACACUCGCAGUUACAGCAAUAAAAGUGCCUCCGCCGUCUCCACUGCCAGCCCCAAACUGGUGCCUCGAGGCUGCAGCGUGCCGCAGCCCGGCCAGAGCACGAGUCCGGCCCUGUCCCGGCCCAGCUCGUCCACAGACAGAGAGCCAGUGGCAGACUUCAGACCAGUUGUUAUUGAUGGGAGCAACGUGGCCAUGAGCCAUGGCGACAAGAAGGUGUUUUCAUGCCAGGGGCUUCAGCUGGCGGUGAAGUGGUUUUGGGACAAAGGCCUGCGGGAUAUCACGGUGUUCGUUCCCCUGUGGAGGAAGGAGCAGCCUCGACCCGAGGCCCCCAUCACAGAUCAGCACAUUCUCCACGAGCUGGAGAAGAGGAAGAUCCUGGUGUACACGCCGUCCCGCUGCGUCAACGGCAAGAGGGUGGUGUGCUACGAUGACCGGUACAUCAUCAAGCUGGCCUUCGACUCGGACGGCAUCGUCGUGUCCAACGAUAAUUACCGCGACCUGCAGACAGAGAAUCCCCUGUGGAAGAAGUUCAUCGAGGAGAGGCUGCUGAUGUACACCUUCGCCAACAACAAGUUCAUGCCGCCAGAUGAUCCUCUGGGAAGGAACGGUCCCACCAUUGAUGAUUUCCUGCGUAAAAAGCCAUGGGCCCCAGACAACAAGCAGCAGCACUGCCCUUACGGGAAGAAGUGCACUUACGGAGUGAAGUGCAAGUUCUACCACCCGGAGCGCACCAACCAGUCCCAGCUGUCUGUGGCGGAUGAACUGAGGGCAAUGAGCAGGCCCGCUGCAGACAGAGCCAAGCCCUUCACCCUGGCCCCAGCAGCUGGUCAGGACACACACCACUGCCCCACGCUGUGCCAGCUGGAACACCCUGUCACCCAUCCACACAUGUACCCCUCAUCCACUCCACCGCCCCUCAGCACAGAGGACCCAUCCCACAGGGCUUCACCCAGCGAGUCUGUUUAUCAGAGAGACACCAGCAGCCCACGAAACCCACCCAGCAGCAACACCAGCCUGCGUCUCUGCCCCAGCCCGGAUGUGGACGAAGCUUUCAGCUCCCUGGAGAGCCACAUGUCCUGGCUGCACAUCCAGGACAGGUGCCAGAGCAGCGAGAGGCUCUCUUAUGGCUACAGCAGUGGGGUGGCCAGCUGCAGCCAGAGCCACGAGGAGUACUUCCCCUCUGGGUCUUACAGCGGGAACAUGCAGCGGCCCUGCCUCGGUGGGCACCCCUCAGGAGGGUACUACCCCCCUCACACCAGUGAGCCCCCUGUGUGCGGCCAGUGCAGGUUCCCCCAUCGGCACACACGCGCCCACCGACCCCUCCAGUCCCCGGCAGGCAGCUCCUGCCCCUCUCUGCUUCCGCCACAAAAUGGUGACCAUCCCGUCCACUUUUCAGAGGAGCAGUACUUCCCCCAGCAGCCGUUCCCUCACAGACAGAGUCAAAGCCUGCCCGAGGACCCCUGGGUGCCGGGUGGGCUGUCGGGCCGCAGGUCUGAGAGCCUUGGCAGUGAGCAGAGGAACAGCCUGAGGAGCCAGCUGAGCCCGCUGUUCCCACAGAGCAUGGUGGAGCACGUCAUGAGCAUUUACCCCCAUGUUGUAGACUUGACUGAACUGAUCUCUCUCAUCCAGAUGUACAGGACCAGUGUCUCCUACCAGUGACUUUUUUUUGUUAAUCUUUUAACCCAUAGGGUUUGUAUUAAAAUCACUGUGAAUUUUCAUGAUUGCAAAUCAAAAAGUGGUAAAACUACAACCAUAUUACUCUUUAUUGAAAGCAACAAGUUUGAUGUCAAACUUCAUGUCCCAACCUUUCUCUAUAGCUGAAGCAUUAAAAAAACGUGAAAAGUAACUCCCUGCCUGAAGUCCUGAGAAUGUAGCAGACUGAAUUCCCAUUUUUAUAUUGUGAAAGUGCAAUGCACUACCAUCUGUACCUGCUAUUUUUUGUAGCACUGACAAAUAUUUUAUCAAAGCAGCAUGUGUUGUUUUCCCAUGUUGCCUCAAAGUGAGGAACUCUAUUCUGUACUUCUGUAAAGAAUGUUUACCUGUUUUUGAUAUGAAUUACUGUGACUUGUGACCAAACUAUGCAUGUGAAA